AUGUCUGGAUAUCCUGGUGCAAAUUACGGCGCUGGUGGCUAUGCCCCGCCGGCACAGCAACAAUACCCUGGCUACUACCCAGCACCGAGCUACGGCUACCCCCAGCCCGGCCCCCCGCCCGCAAACCCCGGCUAUGGCUACCAACAGCCCGGCCCGGGCUACGGAGGCUAUCAACAGCCACCUCCACCUCAGAACUACCACUCUCCACAACCGGCUAAUAAUUAUGGACGACCGAACAUGCCGACCGUGAACUCGAACGCUUAUACCCACGGCAAUCACGCCGCACCGCCACCUCCGCCUCCAUCGACUCAACACUACGGAUACCAGCAGCAGUUCGCCUUCCAAUACUCACAAUGUACGGGGCGGAGGAAAGCCCUGCUAAUCGGCAUCAACUACUUCAACCAGCGCGGCCAGCUGCGUGGGUGCAUCAAUGACGUGCGCAACAUGUCCGCCUACCUCGUCGAGAACUUCGGUUACAAGCGCGAGGACAUGGUCAUCCUCACAGACGACCAGCAGAACCCCAUGAGCCAGCCCACCAAGCAGAAUAUCCUCAGAGCCAUGCACUGGUUGGUCAAGGAAGCCCGUCCCAACGAUUCACUUUUCUUCCACUACUCUGGGCAUGGAGGGCAAACAAAAGACCUCGACGGCGACGAAGAAGACGGUUACGACGAGGUCAUUUACCCAGCCGACUUUCGCCAGACCGGCCACAUCACCGACGAUGAGAUGCACCGCAUCAUGGUGCAACCCCUCCAAGCGGGCGUGCGCCUGACCGCCAUCUUUGACUCGUGCCACUCUGGCACCGCCCUCGACCUUCCUUACAUCUAUUCCACUCAGGGCAUCCUCAAGGAGCCCAACCUCGCCAAAGAAGCCGGGCAGGGCCUUCUCAGCGCUGUGUCUGCGUACAGCAGGGGUGAUCUGGGUGGCGUGGCAAAUAAUAUCGUGGGCUUCUUCAAAAAGGCCAGCAGCAGCGAAGACGCGUAUGCCAGGUCCAUGGCCGUGAAAACGUCGCCUGCGGAUGUGGUCAUGUUCUCGGGGAGCAAGGACAACCAGACUUCGGCCGACGCGAAUAUCGCCUCGCAGGCCACCGGUGCCAUGUCGUGGGCCUUUAUCACCGCGCUCAAGAAGAACCCCCAGCAAAGCUACGUCCAGCUUCUCAAUAGCAUCCGCGACGAGCUCCAGACCCGCUACAGCCAGAAACCCCAACUCUCAUGUAGCCAUCCGCUCGGUAGGUUCCAUCACUAUCAAUACCAUAACCACUUCUCCGCCGCCACAACAGCUGUCUCCCCUAUGCGUUAA